ACCAUCCCACCACCAGCUUCGCUCUACACAAUCGUCUGUAAUCCCUCAACACUAUCAUCACUCUCAUCAUCAUGAAGUUUGGCUUCGCAUUCACCGCCGUCGCUUUCCUCAUCCCCUCCGCACUUGCGACCGCUGUGCGAUACGACACCACUUACGACAACGCCGGCCAAUCAACAGACACCGUUGCCUGCUCCGAUGGCACGAACGGGCUCGCUUCUCGCUACCCCACCUUUGGAUCUUUCCCAAAAUUCCCCUUCCUCGCCGCCUCCGAUAGCAUUCCCGGAUGGAACUCUCCAAACUGUGGAACGUGCUUCGCCGUCACCUACAACGGAGUCACGGUCAAUGUCUUGGCCAUCGACCAUGCCGGUGAUGGAAUCAACAUGUCUUUGGAGGCGAUGAAUGCUUUGACGAACGGUCAGGCUACGUUCUUGGGCACUGUGGACGCCACUGUGGCCCAGGUCGACAAGAGCGCCUGUGGCCUGUAAGAAGGACAUUCUCGAGAUAGUAGCAUAUGUUGUAUAUGUUGCUGUACGGAUCAAGGGCCACUGUUGUAGGAUAUCCUAUCGGUAGGAAUGGACAAUCUUUCUGUACGAAUGGACAUAGGACUGCUUUGCACGAACGGACUUGCAAUUGUUUGUAUAAUGCUGUCGAAAUAAUAUCGGACUUUGUUUCUCUUUCACCACAUCCAGAGCCGACAAUAAC